UCAUUCGAAGAGUUAAUAGAUGAACAAUGUCGAAUCUGUUUAUGUCAAUAUCAACCGAAUGAUGAAGCAUUAAACAUGCCAUGCAAUCAUAUAUUUCAUGAAAACUGUUUAAAAACUUGGCUGGAAAAAAGUAAUUUUUGUCCGCUUUGUAAGUUUGAAUUGAAGACAGACAAUGAAAUGUAUGAACUGUAUAAGCAAGAGUUGAAAAAUCGACAAUCAAGAGAAGACAACAUCGCUCAACUUCAUGAUUCUAUGUUCUCAUAAAAAUUAAAAAAUAUAAACAAUAACCAUUCAUAGUGUGUACUACAUAGGUACUUGCUUACUUAUUACAGUUAAUACAGAURUCUUACAUUUAGUUAUGGGAUUAAAAUUGGGAUUUUGUGAUUAAUAUAGGGACAUAAAAAUCUAAUUUGUUUAUCAUUACCUAUUAUAAACUUUAUAUUACAAUAUUCCAGUUUAUCAUAAGUCAUA